UAUGUAUGAUCUUUGCCUGUGUAUUUGUUUACACUAUUUACGGCAUGGUUGUCGUGCAAAUGUCACGAAAGCGAUGGAUGAUGAAGACGAGGAGGUGAUAUUUGAGGGCCAUCCUCUGGACCAAUACCUGAAAGAUAUAGGAUUCAGAGAUUAUGAAAGUGAAACUCCAAACAUUCAGAAGAGAUGCGAGAAAGUAGCUGAGAAAUGUAGCAUUUCUACAAGGAUAUUGCUUAUCUGCACUAGAACUGAACAGUACAGUGUCAGCAACAAAUUGAAAGUAGUUCAGUCCCUGUGGCAUAAAAUUGAUGUGAGGAAGUAUGUUACUUUAAACUGGUGGGGAAUAAACAGACUGGAUUUUACCACAAUUCAUGAAGUCAUAGACAUCAUCACACAAACCAGACUACUCUCUGAGGAAGAUUUUAAUUUAAUUUCCAGUUUGGACAUUGAUAAAGAACAUCAGCGUACACUAAGUUGGCAUGUGCUGCCUUUAGGUGGGCUUGUAGGUGCAGUUACAUGGACACUGAAGAGCCCACUGCUUGUAAUAGGCAUCCCUACACUACUACUGUAUGCUGCAGUGCGCUUGGCAGGCAAACGGUAUCACAGACGCUGCUUGCGGUCUGUGGCAGCUCUUGUUGGAGCAUUGCAGGAACUGCAGACCACUUCCAAGAAGGCACUCAGACGUUUGCAGGAGAGUGAGCUGAUUGCACGAGGUUUCAUGUUCUCUGUAACAGGUAGUUCUGUUGAACGACUAGAAAAUUCAUCUCUACCAAGCCUGACACGACGAUGGCACACACUACCCGGUCUUCGUGAAGGUCUAUUGUCUGCCUUAACUGCAGCUGUGCACAGCCUUACUGAAGCGACACGAGUUCUUGUAGAGCGAUACCCUUUGAGAGGACAGCUGGACCGGCAGCAGUUCUACCUAGCAUUUCAAGAGGCCGAUUUCCUCAACACCAUUGGUGCUACCUGUGAAGAAGAAGGCAGCACCUCACAAGAGGUCAAAAUUGAUGUGCUAAAGGUGUUGCAGAAUUGCUAUCUUUUACUGCAGUCCGAGUUCCUUCGCCGCCUCGUUCUUACUUUCCAUCCUGAAUUGAGAGCUGAACCAUCAUGUGUCAAUCCAAAGAUUCUGUAUGAGCUCUUAGAAGACAUAUCAACACUUACCAAACAACUCGAUACAGAAUAUCGAAUUUUCAGCACCUAUGGUGUGCCCAGAAGAUCACCAAGUAGUGAAACACCUGCCAGUGGUCCACCAAAAAAGCUAAAAUAUGAUGCUUUAUUUGUUUCGGUUCACAGCACCACAUUACAUCUACAAAACAUUCUGUAUCGAACUCAUGUUGUUGAAGAAUAUCUGGAAACAAGGGAAAAUCUUGAUGACUUAAACAGUGAAUUGUCAACACCAGAUUUGCAGACUGCAUUGAAUGAUAUCCUGAAAGAGCUUGAUAUGUGCAGGAGUUGUUGUGAGCGAGGAAUAUCAUUUCUGAACACUUUAAACAAUCCGGAACCGCCAAAAAAUUUGGAAGAAGAGGAGGAUUGGCCUGCUAGAAGCCACAGUGGGAAUGAAAAUAUUAAACAAAUACAUGUUGGAAAAACAGACCUAGAUCCUGAUGUAGAAGAUGAAGUGUUUGAAGCCGUAAGCACUGCAGACUUUUUUGAUGAUGAAAUUGACUUAUAUGACGGUACUGAAUGUAGCAGAACUGAAAAACAACAACAGAAGAAUUGCUCAAAACUGAUGUUAGAUGAACUAAAAAGUAUCCUUGUUGACAAAGCAAAAGAGUGGAAAGAACGAGAGGAAAAGGCUCUCAAAAAUAAAAGAGCUAGAGAGGGCAUAUGUGAAGCAGAAAUUGUUGUUAAAGAGACUGAGUCAGCAGAUACAGUGGCUUUAAAGACUGAAAUUUCUGAUAGUCAGAGCAGACCAGUGGAAGAGGCUGAGUUAGCAGAUACAAUGGCUUUAAAAACUGAAACUUCUGUUGACCAGAGCAGACCAGUUGAAGAAGGGGUCAAGGAUGUGUGUGUGUCUGACCCUGUGUUUGAAGAAUGUCAGCAAGCUAACAGCGGAGUUUGUUAUGAAGACAAUUCCUCAUUCACAAGUGAAGGGGCCGACAGGGACCUAAAUCAUAGAAGAACAGUAGGUUCAGAAAACGGAAAAACUGACAAUAACAUUGAAUACUCAGAAAAUUAUAAUGUGCAUGACAUCAGUGUGUUUAAGGUUGGACUUUCUUCUCCAUUUGGGUUGCAGUCAACACCUUUAUCACAUAGAUUCAUGGUGAAAGACUCGGAAACCUUUUGUGGGACUGGGGAACACUCCAGCAGUGAUGAUAGUGAUAAUGCCUAGGCUGUUACUUUCACAAAUGAAGCUGAACAUAUGUUACUACACUGCACAACUUGGAUUUUGACAAUAUGAUGGCUCAGGAGUACAGUAAAAAUACAUAUGCUCAGUUUUGAAUGGUUGCCAUGAUAAAUACUUUUAAAUCGUUAUCACAAUGAAAUGGUUCCAUUGUGGUAUUUUUUUAAAUGUCUUAGCUGUUGUUAUUUGUUUGUCAGGUUGCAAAUUUACAGCAGCUUAUAAUACAUUUCCAACAGUUCACAAUAAUUUUUUUGGCAGUCCAAAAUAAAUUUGCAACUGGUCACAAUCAGACAGUUCACAAUAAAGUCCACCAUUUACAUGCA